UUGACGUCAGUCGGCGCGGCUGGUUUCCGGUGCGAGGUGACAGUGACGGGGAGCACUCGCCCUGCGCCGCUGCACAAACCGGGCCCUCCAGCCGCCGCUUGCAAUACCCGCUCGGCCCUCGACUCUUUCCCCUCAAACUCCCCGGACGGAGGAAGAAGAAGUCGCCCUUUUACCGUCGGGCCCGUGUUUUUGUUUCUUGAGGGGCGGCGAGGAGGAGGAGGAGGAGGCGGCGGCGGCGGCAGCGGCAGCAGCGACGACGACGACACGACGACGACGGGUCGCUCAGGGCCUGGCGAAUCGGCUGUGAGCGGCGAGCGUCGGCUGGGUGGUUAAGAUGGCGGCCGCGGGGAGCGGGGAAGAAGAGCGCAGCCUGCGAGAAUGCGAGCAAUAUGUUCACAAACACAACAUACAGCAGGUCCUCAAGGACUGCAUUGUGCAGCUCUGUAUCUCCAGGCCCGAGAAACCCAUCGCCUACCUCAGGGAGUACUUCGAGAAACUCGAGAAAGAGGAGGCCAAACAGAUGCACAAUCAGCAGAAAUCAGGUUCUCGUUCUGACUCGCGUGAGGAUGAAAUCUCUCCCCCUCCACCCAUGAAUCCAAUUAUGAAAGAGCGAGGGCGGCGCGGAGCAAUUAGUGCUGAAGUUUAUACAGAGGAAGAUGCUGCAUCUUAUGUAAGAAAGGUAAUUACUAAGGAUUACAAGACUAUGGCUGCCCUGGCUAAAGCCAUUGAAAAGAAUGUGCUAUUCUCGCAUUUGGAUGACAAUGAAAGAAGUGAUAUUUUUGAUGCAAUGUUCCCAGUCACAUAUAUCGCUGGUGAAACAGUCAUACAACAAGGUGAUGAAGGGGAUAAUUUUUAUGUUAUUGAUCAAGGGGAGAUGGAUGUUUACGUUAACAAUGAAUGGGUGACUAGCAUUGGAGAGGGUGGCAGUUUUGGAGAACUUGCAUUAAUAUAUGGAACCCCAAGAGCUGCAACUGUUCGUGCAAAGACCAAUGUGAAAUUAUGGGGUAUUGAUCGAGACAGCUACAGAAGAAUCUUAAUGGGAAGUACACUGAGAAAAAGAAAGAUGUACGAAGAGUUCCUGAGUAAGGUCUCCAUUUUAGAAUCGCUAGAUAAAUGGGAGCGGUUGACCGUGGCCGAUGCAUUGGAACCGGUGCAGUUUGAAGACGGACAGAAGAUCGUGGUGCAAGGAGAGCCUGGCGAUGAAUUUUUCAUUAUUUUAGAGGGUACAGCAGCUGUGUUGCAACGCAGGUCAGAGAAUGAAGAGUUUGUAGAAGUUGGAAGAUUGGGGCCAUCAGAUUAUUUUGGUGAAAUUGCUCUUCUGAUGAACCGUCCUCGUGCUGCCACAGUGGUGGCACGUGGUCCAUUGAAGUGCGUGAAACUGGACAGACCUCGAUUUGAACGUGUCCUGGGUCCUUGUUCAGACAUACUUAAACGAAACAUCCAGCAGUACAACAGCUUUGUAUCAUUGUCUGUCUGAAAUCCCUUUCACUGCUGCAGCAUCCGCCAGAGCAAACUGCCUCAUGUCUGUCUGAAGUGCCGCUUCCUGUGGCGGACCACCACCACCAGUCCCACAGCUUCCUGUCCAUCAGAGAAAGCAUUCCCCUUUGUAGCAUUCAAUGCCGCAUUUGCUUUAUCUUUUUCACAUUGCACCAGCUUUCAACAGUCAAUCCAGCUUCAUUGUACUUUUCUGUUGCUCGGUGUAGAACUCCGAAUGUUUUUUGUCUAUCAAAAUUAAAACACUGCUGUUUUAACUAAACAGUGUGAUUAAUACCCAGGUAAUAAGCUUUGGUAAUGAACAGAGGAUUUUUGAACCCUUUAGCUUGCUCUGUUUUCAAGAUGUUGCAGUGCAUUCAUGUCUUGAAUCAGCUGAAUGUGUGCGAGUUGAACAUCUUUAGGCUUGGGUGAGCAGCUUUAAAAUUGAUGAUUUUUUAAACCCUUGGUGUGCAAAUUACUACAAACAUGUCUAACAUGGCUAGGACUGAUAAAAUGUGUUUUGAAAGCAGCAUUUUCUGUUUGCACCUGGUACAAAUUUGAGGAAGGAAAAGGAAUAGGUUCAGAUCUCUUGGACAUGUUGUAGGUAACAAAUGAGUUCCAUGAUUAAUGUUACCCUUUUAAUUUUUUUGAAAAUAAUUUGAAAAAUUAUUUAAACUCAAGUUAUUUGUUUUAUAUGCUUUUAGACUCUCCUUAGUCCCUCUUCUAUUAGUUCCUGCAAUUCUUCCAAAUAUAUAUUUUCUCAUUCACACACAGGGUUACAUUUAGACCAUUAAAAAAAGAAAAUUAAGUCCAUUUUGAUCUCAUUUAGUAGUCUACCAAAUAAUGGACAUCUUUGUGUAAGGGAUGAGACAGCCAGAUACUUGCAGGAAAAAGAUUAGUUAAUAUACUCUUCAGUUAUGAUUUAUGCAUAUUGGGUACAAUACAAAUAUUUCAGCAUCAUAUUAUUAACCUGUCUCAUCAAGCAAUCAUUAGUUCCAAUCCUUAUAUCGACAUGAUGGCAACCAGAAACACCUUUAGCCCUGAUAGGCUCAACAACCUCAGUACUGCCGAUAGUAACCUCAAAAUUAUCAUCAUUAAAACCCCCUAAGAUCAACACUAAAAUCUGAGUUUAAAAUACCAUCAUUAUCACAAGCAGAAUUAAAAUUAACGGAAUCAUUUGCCUGAGACGAUAGUAAGCUCACUCUUCAAACCGUCAGACUACCUGGGGGUUGGCAAUGCAGAAAGUCAAAUUAAAAAGACUAAAACCGGUAUUAAUAAAAUGCAAUGUUCAACCAGGGCUAUCCAAUCAAACAAAUUCUCCAUAAUCAUUCAAAUCCUCGACGCCCGCACUGGCCCUGGCAUCAUCGCCAGUCGGUGAAGGAUGCACAGCCACCCUGGAAGCUAAAGAUCUUGUAGGUAAAAAAAUGUCCUCCUGGGAUGUUUGUGCCCCAGGGUACAUGCCUGAGAAGUUUUGACCACAAGGCCUACAUUUAAAAGGAAGGGAGCCUUUGUGCAACUCCUAGUGGGAGCAUUGUUUCCCACAGUUAAUAUCUCAUCUGAGAACAGAGACUUCAACUAAGAGGUCGCCCAUCAUCAUUUUUAGUUUCUUUAAUGGUAGAUCUGCAUGGCUCUAAACAACCAUUUCUUGUAAGAUUCUGUUAGCCUACGGCUGCAGUCACUGUGGCUUCCAGGAAGUGCCACGUGGAGAUAUAGCUCAAUGUCUCAUUGGAAACAGUUAUAGCUAUCUAGCUGUAAUACACUUUGGCAAAGCCGAGCUAGCCAAAAUGGCAGAGUAUCAGUCCCUGUGAUGCUCUAGUUUGUGGAGUUUAGCUCAAGGGUCAGCGUGUUUCUCAAUUGAUCAAACCUGUGAAAACAUGAUCUAAAUCACAAACAGAGAGUCAUUUCCUUAUGGAUACUUAAAAUAAGUUGUGUCCCCAUAUCAUAAUAUUAUUUUGUGAACUAGUAAUUAGUGGACCUAUUAGUCCCCCUUGGUUAAUUAAGGAUGAAGCGUUUGAAUUGUAGCCAGAAAAUUACGAGUUCUGAAUGUGCUCAUUGAGUUUGGUUUUGAAUGAGUUGCCAAUUCUGAUAGAGCACUGCAUGGAGACACAGCAAUUUCAUCUAUAGCAACAAAUAGUAAAACGGCUUUUCUUGCCAGAAAACCUGUGUUUUCUUGUGGUCAGUUGUGAAGUUAUAUUGGCAUUAGCUAUGGAAGAUUCUAUUUUCUAAAUUGAGUAUAGAUCUAGAAUGUUGAAAGCUACAGGAAGGGUUUAAGGGUCAGAUGAGAAAUAUGAUAACUCUGUUCCAAAUACUUUUUACUCAAUUUUAAAAUUGAUGACAAGGUGAAAAUAUCAAUUUUAGAGUGGUGCCCUUUGUUUAUGUGGGGUGAACAGUCUGAAUGUCUGUUACUGUUUGCUGACCACAUUGGAAAUACCAAUUUCAGUUGUUAAUCAGUGAAAGUCAUUGGAAUUAUAAAGUAUUCUUUUGUAAGAGUGGAUCAUGUUUUGACACAGUGUGAUUUUGACCAAAUCCCUUUUUGCUGUACGGAUUUUAACAAAAUAACCCCAUGGAUGGAAGGAGUUCCUUUUAGUAUGAUUAGAUAAUCUGUGGAUUUAUUCCCUCGCCACAUGUUAUGAGCUUUCGAUCUGUGUCUGAGACAGAGCUAGAGAAAGGGUUGCAAAAUAAAACUGUGUCUGAGAACCAUUUGUAAUUUCAUUCCAAGGGCAAAAAAAGUAAACAUUCCUUUCAGAAACAAACCAGCACUGUCACCAGUACUGAUGCUGAUACUUCAUGCACUAGUACUUGCCCAGCACAUCACCAAAUCCGCUGCAGUCCUGACCCAAUGUAAAAUAUACAUUGUUUCUUGGUUCUCUCAUAGCAUUGGACAAGUAUAGCUAUUUACUAACUGUCCUGCAUUAGACUAGAAUGAUGCCAUGUGAUAGCUAUUUACAUGAAGAUCAAUAGCUUAUAUUUAAGUUGGUGCAGUUUGCAUUUAAUCAUAGUUGCACUUUUCAAUAGCUCUCAGUAGCUGGCGCUGCUGUUCCAUUAUUAACAUACACCAGAGCUCAGCCAGUAUUAUGCAAAUGUAAACCCAGACACACUGUAGUAAAGGGCAGAAACCAAAAAUUGGACAAUUGAUCCCAACUAGCCAAUAACGUUGGCAUUCUGAAAUGUACUCAAGUUUUUUAGUAAGGCAUGAAGUGCAUUUUAUUUUGAGGCUUUUAAGAAAGGUGGAAACUUUGCUGAGUCUUAAUGACAAUUCAGUAUUUCACAGCUUGGUGUUAAAUAUGCAUCCAUUAUAUACAUACACACGCGCACAUGCACACACACACGCACACAUAUAUAUACAAGCACAUACACACACACUCUACUAAUUCCACAUAGCUGUAAUUAGAAGAAAUUAUAUCCAUAAUUCUAUAUAGAAUGACUUUGGGCUAGAAUUAUUUGGAUUGUACGGCAAGCCAAAACAAAAUUGUUUGUGAGGUCGGGUUGAGCAUAGGAUGUCUAUAGAUUGUCUGCUAAUAUUUCUGUGAAGAUUUAUCAUGUACUAAAUAUUGCUCUGCCUGAUUAAAACAAAAACUUGAACUAUUUUAGCUGCUUUCUAUGUAGCAUACAAUACAAACUUAUUGAUGGUACUCUUGUUUUUUUUAAAAAUCUGUAUGCCAACGCACUUCCCUGUGUAAAUUGAAGAGAGUGCUAACAAAAAUCUAUGAAAAAAACUAUAUUGAAAGCAUAAAGCCUUUUACUUGAAGGUGGAAUUCUGUAUUUCAUUGAAGGGUUGAUGUUAAUUUUAAACUUGUUUUUGAUUUGGAGUUUAAUGCUUUUGAGUAACCAUGAAAUGGCAAUCAUGGAGCACCAUGCCCAGUUUUCACUGUGGUAAUAAAUUGCAUCUAAUCUUCGUUUGCAGGCUUCUGUUUUUUGUGGCAUUUGAUGUCUGUUUUACUGUUGAACUGGAGUAUACUUUUUUCUAAAUAGAGGUAAUUCCUGCUUCAUCAUGUAUACUCCAUUGUUGAGAGUAAGCUUGAGUUUUAUUUCUGGGAUGGACACAAUCAACCAGGGUGGCUGCUGGAAAGUAUCCUCUCCAGAUACAUCAGUGUGAUGGAUAAAUGAACUCCAGUACUUUUGGUAAUUGGACAGAUUGUUCUAAAAACAUUCCACAAUACAGUUUAUCAGAGCCCCAAAUCAUUAAAAAAUAUUAAUGUAGUAUUCCAGUAAUAAAUGUUGAUUUAUGAGACCAUUCUCAUAUUUUGGAAGAAAACCUGACAACUUAACAAAUUGGUUUUGGCUUGUUGCACUUCCUUAUUUUUUAUUUACGUAAAUGAUUUUAUUACAAAGCCGCUGAUAAUAAGUUUAUUGAAUAAUUUGAUGCAGUUGAAGCUUUACCUUUUGUGUGCAAUCAGAACUGUAUGUACAAACGACCACAGUUUGAUGUAGUUUGCCUUAGCUAUCUUAUAUGGGAAUUAAAGACAUUCUCAGCUAGCUCACCUACAAAAACAAAUUUGCAAAGUGAAGAUAGUGUGAUAAAAUGUAGAUUAUCCAAGGACCAUUUUUGUAUUGUUCCCGGAUUUACUGUAUGUGCUAAAAAUAAUCCUUUUGUUAUAGUGUCCUAAUGACGGGUCAAGCAAUAAAAAUUAAUUCUUUAAAAGAAAAUUGUUUCCCUCUGUUCUGAACUGAUAGAAAAUGCAUAUCUAUGGUACUAGUAUUCUUGAGUGAAAUAUAUUGCAGUAAGUGCUUUCUACAAUCUGAAGCUGCACAUUGUUCUUUAAAAAAAGACCCCUCAAUAAAAUCAGUGAGGCGAGCAAACUCACAAUUUGGCAAAUGUA